CCAGGGAACGGGCUCCCGGCAGCCCCCGCGGCCCGGAGUCCGUCCCCGCCUCCUCCGGCCGAGCCGGACCGACGAGUCCGGAGGGGCCGUCGCGGGAGAUUUUCCUCAUACACGACUCAUUCAUCCGUUCAGUAAAUACUCACUGAGUGCCUCUGAUAUGCCUGAUCCUUUUCGAGGUGCUGGGGGCUACGGAGCCCCCAGGGUUCCCCAGAUGCCAAUCAAACGUUCCUUUUCCUGCCUGAAGAUCAUCUGCGGAAACCUCGGCCAUGGCAUCAGGAUCCGAACCGGUUACCUUCAGAGAGUUCUGCCCUUUGUACUAUCUCCUCAAUGCCAUUCCCACAAAGGUCCAGAAGGGUUUCCGGUCUGUCGUGGUCUACCUCACAGCUCUCGACACCAAUGGGGACUACAUCGCGGUGGGCAGCAGCAUCGGCAUGCUCUAUCUGUACUGCAGACACUUCAACCAGAUGAAGAAGUACAACUUUGAGGGGAAAACGGAACCCAUCACAGUGGUGAAGCUGCUGGCCUGCUUCGACGACCUCGUGGCCGCGGGCACAGCCUCUGGGAGAGUUGCUGUUUUUCAGCUUGUGUCUUCCUUGCCAGGGAGAAAUAAACAACUUCGGAGAUUUGAUGUCACUGGUAUUCACAAAAAUAGCAUAACAGCUCUGGCUUGGAGCCCCAAUGGAAUGAAAUUGUUCUCUGGAGAUGACAAAGGGAAAAUUGUCUAUUCUUCUCUGGAUCUAGACCAGGGCGUCUGUAACUCCCAUUUGGUGUUAGAAGAGCCAUCUUCAAUCGUGCAGCUGGAUUAUAGCCAGAAAGUUCUGCUCGUGUCUACACUACAAAGAAGCCUGCUUUUUUACACGGAAGAGAAGUCUGUCAAGCAGAUUGGAACACAACCAAGGAAAAGCACUGGGAAAUUUGGAGCUUGUUUUAUACCAGGGCUCUGUAAGCAAAGUGAUCUGACUUUGUAUGCGUCACGGCCUGGGCUCCGGCUCUGGAAGGCGGACAUCCAUGGGACUGUUCAAGCCACGUUUAUCUUAAAAGAUGUCUUUGCCGGAGGAGUCAAGCCUUUCGAACUGUACCCGCGUCUGGAAUCCUCCAACAGGGGAAGUUGCAGCUUACCUGAGAAGCACCUGGGGCUCGUUUCAUGUUUCUUCCAAGAAGGCUGGGUGUUGAGUUGGAAUGAAUAUAGCAUUUACCUUCUAGACACCGUCAACCAGGCUACAAUUGCUGGUUUGGAAGGAUCUGGUGAUAUCGUGUCUGUUUCCUGCACAGAAAAUGAAAUAUUUUUCUUAAAGGGAGAUAGGAACAUUAUAAGAAUUUCAAGCAGACCUGAAGGACUGGCAUCAAUAGCGCGAGACAGCCUGGAGACGUCCGGGUGCGCAGAGCAGGUGUCCGGGCAGCGCGCGGAGAAGCCGUCGGGGGCCACGGUUUCUGAGACGAGGCUCAGGGGCUCUUCCGUGGCCAGCUCCGUGGCCAGCGAGCCACGGAGCAGGAGCAGUUCUCUCAACUCCACCGACAGUGGCUCCGGGCUCCAGGCGGCGCCAGAGCCGGGGAGGGGUGGCCAGCCCGCCUCACAGAGAUUCAGCGUGAUCAGCUCAGAAGAGUUUGAGCAGGAGCUCGUGGUGAAGCCGCUGAAAGUGAGAAGGAAGAGGAAGAAGAAGUCAGAAGGUGGAAGCCGGAGUGCCUGCCACAGUUCCCUUGAGUCAACUCCCUGCUGUGAGUUUCCGGGUGACAGUCCCCAGUCCUUGAGCACAGACCUGCUGUCCAUGACCUCAAGUUUGGGCAGCAUUGUGGAUCGCUCGAGCACAGAGUCUCCUGACCGGGAGAGUAACCUCAGCGGAGAGGUGAAUGGUGUCCUGCAGGAGAAUAAUGACCCCGAAGCGUUCAGUGUCCUGGAGGUGCCUGAGCCUGCCCCUGACGUACUGAAUGAAGGGCGUGACAGUAGACCUGAAAGCCCACGAUGGAACCAUGCAGGUGAGACGGAGCCACACAGGGGAGUGUGGACUUCACUCUUGGAGCUGAGAGAGGCUGUGGAAGGCAGUGAUGUUACCGACCUCAGAGAGGAGCCUUGCCCCGCAGACGAGGGACUGAAUAGCAGGCAGUCACCCUGGCGAGAACAGGCCCGGGAAGCAGGGGACAUGGAGCCCGAUGACCCCCAAAGCACUUUUUCUGAAGCCCCCUUCCUAGACUCACCCCCGGUGCCUUCAAGCCUCAGCUGGGCCCCCCACGCGGAGCAGCGGCUGCCGGGGACCAGAGCUGGCGAAGGCGGUGCCGAGGGGCCCGGCAAGGGGCAGGGCGUCCUAACGCACGUGGAGGCCCCCGGCCACCUCGGCUCAUCUCCCUGGCACGCUGUCACUGACAGUGACACAGGCCUAAAGGAAAUGGCGGCCUCGGAACGUGACCUGGGGAGUGCAGGAGGACGGCGGACUCCCCCGGUCUCUGCCCUGGCGACUCGCACCCGUGAGCCGCGGCUGGAGCAGCCUUCCCGGGACCAGGUGUUAACGUCCAGCGACGAGGAGGACAUCUAUGCCCAAGGGUUGCCUUCAUCUUCUUCGGAGACGAGCAUGACUGAGCUCGGGGGUAGUCGCUCCCUGCAGGACCUGAGCCAGCCCGGCACAGAAGACACUGGGCUGCUAAAGUCAGAUCAGUUUGCAGAGAGCUGGAUGGGGUACUCUGGCCCCGGCUACGGCAUACUCAGCCUGGCGGUCUCCGAGAAGUACAUCUGGUGCCUGGACUACAAAGGCGGCCUGUUCUGCAGCGCGCUGCCGGGCGCCGGGCUACGCUGGCAGAAGUUCGAAGACGCCGUCCAGCAGGUGGCAGUCUCACCCUCAGGCGCCCUCCUCUGGAAGAUUGAACAGAAAUCUAACCGAGCUUUUGCUUGUGGAAAAGUGACCAUCAAGGGAAAGCGGCACUGGUACGAAGCGCUGCCCCAGGCGGUUUUUGUGGCCCUGAGCGAUGACACGGCCUGGAUCAUCAGGACGAAUGGAGACCUAUACCUGCAGACAGGUCUCAGUGUGGAUCGCCCCUGUGCCAGAGCCGUGAAGGUCGACUGUCCAUACCCACUGUCCCAGAUCACAGCCCGAAACAGCGUGGUGUGGGCGCUGACAGAGCAGAGGGCCCUCCUGUAUCGGGAGGGCGUGAGCAGCUUCUGUCCUGAAGGGGAGCAGUGGAAAUGUGACAUCGUCAGUGAAAGGCAGGCUUUGGAACCUGUCUGUAUAACUCUCGGGGACCAGCAGACUCUGUGGGCCCUGGACAUCCGAGGAAACCUGUGGUUCAGGACCGGCAUCGUCUCCAAGAAGCCUCAGGGAGAUGACGACCAUUGGUGGCAAGUGAGCAUCACAGACUACGUGGUGUUCGACCAGUGCAGCUUAUUCCAGACCAUAAUCCAUGCCACGCACUCGGUGGCCACCGCAGCCCAGGUGCCCGUCGAAAAGGUGGCGGAUAAACUGCGCAUGGCCUUUUGGUCUCAGCAGCUUCAGUGCCAGCCAAGCCUUCUCGGGGUCAACAACAGUGGCGUCUGGAUCUCCUCAGGCAAGAACGAAUUCCAUGUCGCUAAAGGAAAUCUCAUCGGCACCUACUGGAAUAAUGUUGUUCCCCGAGGGACAGCUUCUGCGACAAAAUGGGCCUUUGUGCUGGCUUCCACUGCUCCCACAAAGGAAGGAAGUUCCUUGUGGCUGUGCCAGAGCAGCAAGGACCUGUGCAGCGUCAGCGCCCAGAACGCUCAGUCCCGCCCCUCCACGGUGCAGCUGCCUCCCGACGCCGAGAUGAGGGCUUACGCCGCCUGCCAGGACGCCCUGUGGGCCCUGGACAGCCUCGGCCAGGUGUUCAUCCGGACGCUGUCCAAGAGCUGCCCCACAGGCAUGCACUGGACGAGGCUGGACCUUUCCCAGCUAGGACCUAUAAAACUGACAAGCCUGGCGUGUGGAAAUCAGCACAUCUGGGCCUGUGAUUCCAGGGGCGGAGUUUACUUCCGAGUAGGAACCCAGCCUCUCAAUCCCAGUCUGAUGCUUCCGGCCUGGAUAAUGAUUGAGCCACCUGUCCAGCCUGCUGGGGUCACGCUGGUGAGCCUGCACUCCAGCCCCAACGACCAGAUGCUGUGGGCACUCGACAGCAGGUGGAACGUCCACGUCCGGGCGGGGAUCACCGAAGAGAUGCCGGUGGGGACCGACUGGGAGCACGUGCCAGGGCUGCAAGCCUGCCAGCUGGCCCUGAGCGCCAGGACCGUGUGGGCCCGCUGCCCCAACGGCGAUCUUGCCCGGCGGUACGGCGUCACCGACAAAAACCCUGCCGGAGACUACUGGAAGAAGAUUCCCGGAAACGUGACGUGUUUCACAGUGACCUCGUCAGACGAGCUGUGGGCAGUGGGCCCCCCAGGCUACCUCCUCCAGCGGCUGACCAAGACCUUCAGCCACUCUCACGGCGCCCACGGCGGCCACGCCCCCACCCCCCACCCCGAGGACCUGGAGGACGAGUGGGAGGUCAUCUGAAGGAGCGGGGACAGGGCCGCUCAGGAGGGAGGAAGCCGGCACGCGCAGCGGACGCGGUGCGGUGGUGGCGCUCGCUCUCGGCCGCGCCUCACCAGCUCUCGGCCAGCCAGGUGGGGCCGGGUCGGACGGCCCACGCUUGCUCUCGUCCGUGUUUGUUUCCGUCUUGUUCCAGAACCCACAGCCUCAGCCGAGCGGCCCGGAGCCGUGGCCAGAGCGGCAGCGGCUCUGAGCUCUUGCUCUGUCCCCCUCCGGCCGCUCGGGGCCCAGUGCGGGGACGGCCGCGUGGGUAACCCCCGGCGAAACGGAGCCGGAGGUCGGCACUCUGACCGCGGGGGGGUGGCCUGGCGACCGCUUCGUUGCCACCACGGGGACGCGGGCUCCGGCACACGUUCCGCGCCGGACGCCCCGCUUGGGGAACCGGGGCCGUGUCUGAGAGGCGGGGUGCUGGGCUGUGCCCGGAUGCGGCACGCGCACACGCGCACGCCGCCCACGCCCUCCUGGCCGCCUCCUGGAGAGCACACUUCAGCCCAAACAAUAAAGGCGGGUGGACAAGAGGGGGUGGGAGAGGUGCGCGUGUUUCCAAGGCAGCGGAGGCCCAGGUAGGGGCGGCCGGACGUGGGGGAGCCCAGCCACGUUAGUAACCGAGAAACGUCUCUAGACUAGUAUUUAACUAAUGCUGCUGGCGGGUAUCGUAAAGACCAGAAGCAUCCUCACGGGAUGACUCUACUAAUUAUUGCCUUUUUCGUUCGUUGUAUUACAAACCUGCAUAAGAUACCUCAUUUGAGAUCAACUCUGACAAAUUUAGAGGAGAAACGUCUUUUCUGAAACCACUGGAAGGGCCCUUCGUUCCUUUGCGUGGUUUCCCUGAGCCCGCGCUGUCCCCAGCUGCAGCGUCACAGAGAGUGGGCGUCCCCCUCCGCGUGUCCUCAACGCGCAGGGCCGUCACGGGACCCGCCGGCUGGCCCCGAGAGGCGGGCAUCGGGUUGAUUACCCCGGAAGGUUCAAACUGGGCCCACCGUGGCCGCGCCGGCCGUCGGUCCGUGGGCUCCGCCUACAGGGCCCCCCUCUGCUCGCCGGCCGCUGGGCCACGGGGCUUGGGGCCCGGCCGUGCGCCCCGCCCCGAGCACCCCCCCCCCCGCCCAGACCCAGCUCGGGAGCGGGCCUCCAGCCUCGCUGCUGUUUUUAGCUUGCCUUUGGCCCAGGGCCCAGUUACUCGAUGCCUGUUUUCUACUAAGCAAAUGUGUCCGGGAGCCCCAGGCCACAGGUGAAGAGCGAUAAAAUACGUUCCCUGACAGGACCAGCCAGCCGCGAAGAUGGAGGCGUUCCAGGUCUAAACGAGGGCAGGAUGCUGAAAUCCCAGAUCCCACUUCACUUUUAUAGAACCCUUAUUUUAAACGGAAAGGUUGGGGGACGGCAGAGGCCGGCCGAGGCUGGCUGCGGCUCCUGUGUGUCUGUUGUGCCUUGUCCGGCUCCUCUCAGAUGGCAGAGCUCUCCUAAGCCCACGGGACUUUAGUGCAAUUAAACCCGAGUCUAGUUUGAUACUUUGAAACUACUUUUAGCUUCAGUGCUUUGUACGGUUUUUCUUUCCGGUUUAAAUUUUAGUUGUGCUUUGAGACAGUGCAAUAAACUAGAUUUUUUCCAAA